AUGACUGAGCUAGAUAAUGAGGAUGAUAGUGAAUCAAUUGACUCUAAUAUCGAGCUCAAUGUCGCAUCUACAUCACUAGCACUGAUUCCUAGUUUGGAAAUUCCCUCCACUCAGAAUAUCACAAUAACUAUCGAUGAUGAAAGUAGAAAGGUUCAGUUCAUGAUCGAUCAGUUAUUAGCUAUGUCAGAUAACUUUUUAACCAAUGCUCACAAAUUAGUGGUGGGGACUUGUAAUAAAUCAGGAUUGAUUACUUAUAAUAAUAUGAUAGAAUUAAGUAUAAAGGCUUUAUUAAUGAUUCUAUCUAAAUAUAAUCGACACUUAAACCCUGCAUUGGAACUGACCAUAUGUUUAAGACUUGCAACUAUAGUAUUUGAAGAAACAUUAAGUUUAGAAUUGGCAGAUACUUAUGUUAAUCGAGCCAUAGAUAUACUGACUCGAAAUAAUUUACUAGGAAUUCGAUUUGAAGGUGAAAGUCUUCAAGCAAGAAUUCUUCAACGAUCUAAUAUGAAUAUGGUAACUUUAUAUCUUCAAGAUAAAAUAUCCUUUUAUGAAAGUAUGGGGAUUCCUGAAUUUUCAAUAUGGUUCCAAUUCUUAAAAGUAUAUCAUUUAUUAAAUGUUGAUGUAUCAGCUGGGUUAAUAGCUCUUCAUAAUCUUUUACUGAUACCAAUGUUACAUCCUAUAUUAAGAUCAUAUGGUUUAAUGUUUGAAGCUAAUCUUCAUCUUCUUCGUGGUUCACCUCAUCAAGCAUUACAACAUUUACAAUAUGUAGAUAAUAUAUCCAUAAAACAAUUACAGGCUAUGAAAUUACUUACGACAUUUAAUGCAUAUAUUCAAUGUAAUGAUUCAACCAAUGGUAAAUUAAUUAUGAAUGAAUUAAGUACCUUUGUUAUGAAAGAACAAAAUAAUAAAUGGAAAGGUUGGAAAGAUAAUGGAACUUUUUCAUUUAUGAUUAAAGUUGAAUCAAUUAAUACUGAAUAUAGUCAUACUAUUGAAUGGAUAGGAGCCGAUGAAUUUAUAAUUAUCUUUUAUUAUCUUACAGGUAUACAUUUAUUAUCAGAAGCUGCUAAUGGUAAGAAGAAAGCAUAUAAAGUAUUUAGUAAAUGUCAACAAAUCAUAAGUCAACAAUUAAAGGAAUUAACAUUUUUAAAUUCUGAAUUUCCAACUGGUUCUAAAAGGAAAUUAUCAAUUGGACAACUUGAUCAUAAGAUUCGUAAAUUAAAAUAUAUUCAAUAUAAUAUUGAUUAUUAUAAGGCAUGGAUUGGCUUUUUAAAUAGUGAAUUUAAAGAUAUUAAGUAUCUUAAUCAAUUCAUGACUGAUUUUAAUGGAUGUCAACAUGAUAAUGAAGAUCAAUUAAUAUUUGAUGCUUUAUUACCAAAAGUAUAUUUCAUGUUUGCAAUAUAUUAUCAAUCUAUGGGAGAUCUUCAAGUGGCUAAGUAUCAUUAUAUGAAAGUAAUUAAUCUUGUUUCGGAUAAGUCGAAAUUGAACUUGAACUUGAACUUGAACUUGAAAUUGAAUAUUCCUGUAGAAAUUCAUGAUAUGAAUUUUGGUAUAAGUAAUAUAUCUAUGAGAGGUAACAAUGAAUUUAAUGAUUUAUAUGUAUACUCCAAUUUACAUUUAUUAAUAUUAAUUCAAUUUGAAAUUAGACAAGUUACAAAUCAUGAUAAGAUACAAAUUUAUCAUAGUUUAAGUUCUCAUAUUUUACAGAAUUUAACUAAAUGUUUUACUCCUAGAACAACUUCUAAUGAAUUCACUAGUAAUUUUAUAUCAAGUAAUGAAUUAUUGAAUAUUACUUAUCGAUUAAUCUUAUCAAUAUUUAAUGAUCAAUUACCUCUGAAUUUACUUUUACAAGAUAUAAUUAAAUGUGUGGAAAAGAUUUCUAUUGAUUCAUGUUAUCCAUUUAUUACAAAUCUUAUGAAUUAUAUUGCUUAUAUUAGUGCAACUGAUGUUUAUCAUAAGAAUAAAUUCUUUGAAAAAUGUUUAUCAGUAAUGUCUAAUAGUUCAGGUACUGAUAAUGAUAAAACUCUUAGUAUAUUUAUAUUAAGAAGUCUUAUAGAACAUUUUCGAAGUACAGGAGAGAAUGAUAAAGCAAAUAUGGCUGAACUUCAAUGUCAAUAUUUUUGUAAUGGACUUAGUGAUAAGUUUAAAUUCUUAUUUAAUAAUAUUGAUCAAACUUAA